AUUUUAAGCUCAGAAUGUAUUGGAUACUGUUUGCGAUACUUAUCCAUUGUGGGCUCUCUCUACCUGUAAAUUCAAACCCUGACAAUUCAAAUCCUGGUUUUCGAUUCCAGGUCACUCAGAAAGGCAUCAACUACUUGCGUGAUGUGCUGAUCCCCGUGGUGACUGAUGCGAUUAAAACUGCUGAGAUUCCUCCAAUAAAUCAGAGGGUAGACACCCCUAUUGGCCACAUCACCUUCGGAUUAUCAAGUAUAAGAAUAGGGAAUGUUGAUAUUUCUCACACAACUGUCGAACUGGACACACCUUCCAAUGCUGUGGCUGCCAUUAGUGACGCUUUUAUAGCUUUAAAUGCACGCUGGAAUUACAGAGAAGACUCGUGGCCCCACAUUAGUGACGACGGCUCCGUGGACAUCAGUGCUACUCAAAUAUCCAUCAACCUCAACCUACAGAUUGGUACAACAGACAAGGGAGAACCUCAUGUGACCACUAAAACAUGCUCCUUUAACAUUGGUCAUGUUGAUGUUACUUUCCAUGGAGGCGCCAGCUGGCUUUACAAUCUGUUUAGCAGUAGUAUUGCUGAUGCUCUUAAGGACGCUAUCAAAGAUCAGGUGUGUCCCCUGGUUACAGAUGCUGUUGAUACUAAUCUCAAUGAUAUUCUGGAUACUGUAGACCUCAAGGCAGACAUUGAUGACAACUGCUACAUUGAUUAUUCUCUUGUACAACCUCCUUUUGUCAUUAAAGAUGCCAUCUUUGUCAAUGGAAAAGGAGAAAUAUUCGAUAAAUCCGACCCAAAAGAGUGUCCGUCCCCUAAACAAGACAUGCCUGAAACAGUGGACAGUGAGAGGAUGGUAACACUUUGGAUAACUGAGUACAUGUUGAACACUGCUGGAUACGCUUACCAGACCGCUGGCUUCCUCCAGUACAACCUCACCAGCGAUGAUAUUCCGGACAAGAUCCCCAUAAAGAUGACCACUGGUUUCUUCAAAUACUUUGUCCCCAUCCUUUACAAGACAUAUCCUGACAAGGAUCUCACUCUCUGGUUAUAUGUCACAAAACCUGUUACAUUCGACGUAAACAAAGCAGGAGUGAGUGGUAGAGCAGAGGGAACAAUAACUUGGCUGGUCCAUGUUAACGAUACUUUAGUUCCUGUCUUUACCCUGGACGCUCAACUUGAUCUCUGUGUUAAUCUCAGUGUUCAACUUGGAUCUAACUCUGAAAUAUACCUUGAUCUCAUCACUGUCGAACCGUACAUACAGCUGAAGAGUUCGAACAUCGGCAACUUCUCCGUCAGCGCCCUCCAAUCAUUCAUCAAGUUCUCCAGAGCACUCAUAGUCCCAUUCGUCAAUGCUCUUGUCAAUAAUGGUAUUCCUCUGCCUUCCUUUGAUUACGUCUCUUUUACUGGAUUUGACUUCAACUUGGAGGAUGGCUACAUACAGAUCCACACUGAUAUAAAGUACGUUCCUAAUGAGAGGGUCUCCUCGGAGCGAGAAUAUUACUCACUUUCUAAAGAUGGUUUUGAGUGUAAGAUGAAAGAUAAAGACCUCUGGGCAAACACAGUGGCGGACGACAUCUUUUCUUACUUUUCAAAUGAAGUUAAUUGAUUCUGAUAGACUUAUGGGUGGUUUUCUGUUGACAUUUCUUUGAAUAAUAUUAAUAUGACUUGUUCAAAUUUUAUGCAUUUUUGCUUUAAAUUCGAUGGUGAUUUUUAUAAAAUGUAAGCAUUCAAUGAUUUUUAUACGUGAGCAUUCAAUGAUUAAUUGUAUUUUUAUAUGUAGCAUUCAAUGAUUGAUUUUUAUAAUAUGUUAGCAUUCAAUGAUUGAUUUUUAUAAAUAAGCAGAGACAUGUAAUGACAUGUAAUGACAUGUAAUGACAUGUAAUGACAUGUAAUAAUCAUUAAUUAGUUAAAGUGUGAUAGUAGAUUGUUUUACAGUUAGUUUACAAUUUUUGAUUUUGUAUUUGUUUUAGAAAUUUAUUAUUGUUUGUACGUAUGAUAUUUGUCAAACAGUUGUUCAUGAUUUCACCUUUUAAAGUUUAUAAUUAUCAUA